UUGCAGGCUGAAUAUGCUGACAGCUUCCCGCCCACAUCAAAGGUAUUUUAUAUAGGUCAUGUGUUCCUGUGAGCUGUCAAGUUCGACUAUGUGAUUGAAAACAUUUCUGCAUGUGGAGUCAGAACCGGACUGAUCUUUGUGAAUGUCAACUAUCAGCAUGUCUGCUGUCUGGGUGAAAAUCUCCACCAUCCUUUGCCUCUGCUACACGGCAGAGAUGAAAGGAGUGCAGUGGAGAGAAGUUGGACAAUAUAUUACAAUCCAGUGCAGAUCUUCGUCUGAUCAAGAUAGUCUGAUCUUAAAAACGGGUCUCAAUGAGACUGAGAUUUUUGUAAUAAACAAAGACCCUUUUAAAGAAACAAUUGGUGACAAAAUAAAAGGACGAGCUCAGACAGCUGGGACAUUCCCCAACAUUGAUAUUCUCAUUAAAAACUUGCGUGAAAAUGACACGGGACCAUACUGGUGUACUUACUCAAAAACAGAAGACGUUACAUAUCAACAGAAAAUCAUGAAAGAUGAUGGAUCUGUGCUGCUGGUGGUGACUGAAAAAAGACAAGAAACACCGCCACCAUCAAAUGAUCGGCUGAAAAAGUGCGAAGAAGCAGAUAUGAACAUGGUGCUGCUGGGGGUCGCCAUCGCUUUUGGCGUCCUGUUCAUCAUGACGCUGGGCUUUGUCCUGAUUAUCAUGCGCAAGACCAAGAGCUCAAACAAAGCAAUAAAGCCGAGGCGUGUUGCUGCCGGCAAUGAUGUUUACGAGGACAUGCGAGGAACACUGAGGCGCUGAGGAUGCACUUUGCAGGACGCUGACAUGCAUGAAACUCAUGAAGCCGUGGACCACAGAGGCAAGCGGGGCAUGUGAUGCACUUCCCCAACAGAAGCAAACAGAAGGCAAGCGUUUGUAUUUACAAGAGA